AUGGGCAUGGUGGACCUCGAUGCGGUUGCAGGCGCCACUGAGGCUCUGGCCCAAAAGGGCACGAUCAAGUCGAUCCAAGCAAGACCUGGUGUCCAGAACGCCAGCCAGACAAGUGCCAGUGCAGCUGCGACCGACCAGGGGGCAUGGAAUGCCCUGCCCGCUGCGCGCGGAGACUAUGUCGAACUGAAGCUCCUCGAUUCAUCACGCCACCCGCAGGGUACCAUCGUCGCGGUGUCUGAUGGUUACCUGCAAUGGGGAUCAAAAGGGCACCCCGACAUGGAGUUCCACUUUGAAUCCCUACGGAGCAUCCCCCUUGCGGAGCUCGGGACCUCUCAGCAGCCUCCGUGGCUCACCCAACCCGCUGCGGCGGCAGAUCUAAAGUGGGAGCUAGAUCGCUUGGGUGGCCAGCCACCAGCGCCAGCUGCGGCUGAGGCAAAGGGGGGAAAGAAAGAGCGAGAGAAAGGUCUCGCAGCACCUUCCUGGGGUGCCCCCCCGGGCGCGGAAGCGAAGCCUCCGGGGCUCGCCGCAGAACUCGACGACCUGGCCAGAGAUUUGAGAGAUCCUGGCCAGGGUCGGAGGGAUAAGCGGAAGAAUCGCCGAGAUCGCUCACCGGAGCGACGCGCCAAAGAACCCCGUGUGCGGGAGAGAAGCUCCGGGCCAGCGGCGGAGGCGGAGGCCGCCCUUGAGAGGAAGCGGCGUCGCUGGCUGGACCCGCCAGGUCACCAGAGCGUCUCCUCAGAGUCGGAGACCAAGAGGGGCCGCAGUCCGAGGAGGCGACGGUCUGAGGACCAGAGCUCGUUCAAGGAAAAGAAGAAGAAAAAGAGGAGGAGCGGGUCCAGAGAGGGUGGCCGGAAGGCAGACCGAGGGCCCUUUGGUGGAGGAGCCAAGGUCGACCUGGGCGAAGAUGGGUCUUCCUCAGACUCGUCUUUUCGCGAAGCCUCCUCGUCUCGCGACCGACAGCUGCAGCUUCUGGAGUACUCGGAGAGGUACCCGGGGCGGCUGUCGGCUCGUCUUCUGCAGAAGAUGCGAACGCUGCUCGCACGGGCGCUGGACCUGGUGGUCGAAGGGGAAGCGCGGCGCGCCGCAGACCUUCUCGCGCAAAGAGUGAAAGCGAUCGAAGCCUCGCUGCCGGACGAUCACUGGCUGAAAGCGCAGUUCCUGGAGCUGGUGAAGGAAGCGGGCCAGCGGAACUGGGGCCGGGGCAAGGGGCAAUGGCACGCCCGCCCGGACGAAAGCGAGCCGCCUCCGCUCCGGACCGCUGGAAAAGCCCCAAGGAAGCCCCCGAAGACCAAGCCCAAGCAGAAGGUCAAGAAGGAGGUCAAAGGCGGCGAGCCGCCGGACGAUGACCCGCCGGAAGGCCCCGACGAUGAUGGGGAUACUCCUGAAGAGUGGGACGAAGAAGAAGAAGGAGAGGAGGAGGUCCCGGCGGAUGACCCGACCAUAGAAGAACGGGGUGCGCCCCAGGGCUCUACACCGGCUGCGGCCGAGGCUAUGAGCCUGGGGCAAGAGGAGGAAUGGGAUGAUGAUCUGUUGGAGGCCCUUGGGGUCAGUGAAGAUGAGGAUACCCUGCGCGACUCCUUGGAACAUGCUGCCAAGCACGCGGCGCCAGGGUGGUGGAACCUUAGCCACUUGCAGGCGGCGGUCCGCCGCCUUUUGGGUACGAAGCCCACCUGGGAGCAGUUUCUCGAAUGGUUCCUGAACGAGGGCAGGCGGUUCCCAACUCCUCUUGGUUCGUUCUUCCGAAGGAUGGAGGAGACCGAGGCAGCCCCCCCGGGCGCGGAGCCCACUAGGGAACCGGACCUGCUCCCGAUCCAUGUGGAUGCCACCUGCAACAUAGAGGUGGUGGAGAACUGUUCCCAGGUGGUGCUUGAGACGACCCUGCACGCCCUCAACUUCCACUACUGCUGUGGCUGGAUCAGCCCUGUGUGCUGGCCUCCACCAGAAGAGGUCACCCCGCGGCAGGCCGAGGCGGUGAAAGGGAUCGCGAAGGUAUGCGCCGGGUGCUUGGGCCGUGGCUUGCCUUUGGGAGGACCGGCCGUGGCCAAGAAGAUCCUCUCUAGUCGCUCCCGCGACUAUGAAGGCAACAUGGUGGAGCGAGUGGGCGAGAUCCAAGCAGAUCUGGUGAUCGGGGCCUGGCCCAACGUUGGUGGCGGCGGUAAGGUUCAUGCCUCCCAGGAGGAAUGGAAUAAGGUCGUUUCGGCGGCCUUCCAGCGGAACAUGAUGGGUCCAGUGGACGAGAGCGCGGUCCCCCGCGAUGCGCAAGGCCACCUCAUCACGAAUGGAGCGGGGGCUGUGGAGAAGAGGAAGCUGGUCGGCGGCAAAGAGGUCGCGAUGCAGAGGUUCAUCAGCAACUUCGUGCCGAUCAACGAGUACCUGGAGGCCCUUCCGGGAGACCAGGACUUCCUCCCAUCCUUUCUUCUCCUACGCCAAAAAGGUGCCCGGCCACAUAAUGGGGUCCAACGAGGAGUGGGUCAGGCCGGGGCUGCGUGUCAUCCCCAUGGGGUGGAGCUCCGCCGUCACCAUCACAUGCAGGCGGUGCUUAGGAACCUUGUGUUUGACAAGGCAGGGGUACCGGAAAGCCUGGAGAUCUCGAAGGUCAAGGAAAUACCCGCUGAGGGCGGAGCCGUGCUUUACCUUGACUCCUUCGACCAGGUGCGGAUGGUCGACACCACGCUGCGUGCAGUAGAAGAAGGUGUCGCCAGUCCGGAGCAUGAACGUUUCAGGGCAGCUUGCAAAAAGAGGGGGCUUCCCCUCAACGCCCCCAAGUCCCUCGCCGGUGCACUCAGAGGUGGCAUCCAGGGAGGGGUGCUUGACGGAGACAAGGGGACGAUUUCAGUUGGAAGCGAUAAAGCAGAGAAGCUGGUGUUGGCCACUUUGGGCCUCCUUGCUUCCUCCUCUUGGUCGGAAGCUGCCCUGAGGAGGUGGGCUGGGAUAGCGACCUUUGUGGCCGCUUUCCGGAGGCAGCUCUUUGCCGUGUUUCAGGAGAUCUUCCCUCUGAUCGAAAGGGCCAAGGAGGGGGCGGUGGAUCCCGACCCACAGGUCAUCGACGAGAUGCUGACCUUCGUGUUACUGCCCACCUCCUUGAGGGCCAGAGUGUCUGGUGAGAUCUCCUGCUCCGACGCAUCCCUUUGGGGAGGAGGCGCGGCCGUGGCCCAGACAGCCCGGAGACCCGCCGUUGCACCAGUGGAAGAGGAUGAGCCUGGAGUCUGUGCCCGCUGCGGCGGAGAAGAGUCUUGGGGCUCGCACGGGCUCUUUUAUCCCUGCCCGGCUUCCUGUGGGAGAUCGUUUUGCUCCACCUGGUGUAUCGCCGAGCAUAGGGAACACAGAUGCGCCAGAAGGGAUUAUCUGUGCCCCACCUUUGCUGAGUUCUUCCCUGAGCCUGGGCAGCCUCUUACAGAGGCCAUGGCCCUGAAUAAGGUGGCCGUCCUGACCGCCUUUGGGCCCAAUAUCAACGACAAGGAUGACUUUUGGAGCCCGGCUGGGAAAGAGAAGCUUGAGAAGAUGGAGGCGGACCCACUGGUUGCGGCCAAGUUUUGGAGUCCGCCCUUCAACACUUUUGGGCUCGGCCGUGGCGAGCAAGUUCAGCUACCGAACGGGAGAUGGGUGGAUGCCCCACCGGCCCUCAGGUCAGGAGGGCAUCUCACUGGAGUGGCCGGUCUCUCCAAGGCUGUCGCACUGAGGGCUCUGAAGUCCCUGACCCGAGCCGUGGAGAAAAACUCCCUCUGCUACGUGUGCCAGCCCUGGGACUCCUAUCUCUGGUACUUCCCGGAGGCAGAAGAGUUGAGGGAGACGAGAGGGAUCUUCUCCACUUCGUUUCCCUUGAGCUGCUUUGGUGGGCCCAAGCGAUGGGUGGAGCUGCUGCACAACUCCCCGGCGGUCCACAAGGCUUUGCACCGGCCCGCGUGCCGAGACCACGAAGAAGAGCACAAGGGCUGGUACGACAGCACAGGGCGAAUACGAUUCGCCUGCUGCGAGGAGCUUCGCCUCCUGGGGGACCUGUGUGACGCCCUGGCGUUGGCAAUAAAGCGGGACCUGGCUGAGAUUUGCCCUCUCAUUCCCGGGAAGCUCACAGAUCGCACCAUGGACUGGCAGCUGAUGGCACAGCUGCGUGGUGCUUCCUCGAGCCUCAGAUCACCCGCCGCGGCGGAGGCAGCUUCUGAGGUGAUUGCGCCCAUUGCCCGGGAGAUCCUGGAGGAUCCCCUGGAGCAUUUGCGGAGGAUGCUUAGCCGGGGGCACUAUCAAGGUACCGAGGUUCGACUCAUGGCUCCGAGUGAGCCAGACAACCUCAAGAUGGUACCCUACCCGGCGCACCUCUGGAGGUGGCGCAACACGUUGUCCUUCGCCUGGCACAACGAGGACAACAUCACCACGCUGGAGAUGUUGGCAGCUCUAGCUGAGAUCCGACGCCGUGCGCGGCAGUUGAAUACACAGGGGACAAGGUUCUUCCACAUCCUUGAUUCCCAGGUCGUGUAUCACAUCAUGGCAAAAGGCAGGGCACACAGCAAGCGGCUUAACAGGUUGGCUCGACGGAUGAUGGCGGUUCUGCUGGCGGCGCAACUUCAAGCGCUAGCGCUAUGGACCAUUUCGGCAUGGAAUUUUGCCGAUACUGCGUCCAGGAGAUUUGCUCCUCACCAUGGCUCCUAA